GGACACCAGGUGGAGUCCUUAGGUUUAGGCUUACUGUUCUAACAUUGCCCAUUUGUCACUAACAAUUUCUUAUUCCUCUCUUUGUAGUUUGUAAGUUUAUUUUUCUUUAUUCAACGAUAAUUCCCACUCUAACGACACUUUCAUUUUUGAAAUUUUUGCAGAUUAGCACUUUAACGCCCGCCCCCAACCUCAAUCUUGUCAACGAGCCCAACCUGACAAGAAUACUCCAAUCUGAGAUCUUUAUCCAUACCAAUGGGCAACUACGAGCAAUUCACCUCAUUCUUGGAUACAAGCCCAUCUCUACCAGCUUCCAAGCUCCUAUGCACGUGAUAAAAGUGAAGGAUCCCUGGCUACACCAAAUAAACAUCGUCGUUCUAGGAUUCCUUACUCGCCCCCCCCCCUAAAGGUACCCAUUAGGUUGAGUUACCUACUUAGCAUUGUGCUGAGGAAGAGUCAACCUCCUCACGCUUGGCUCUUGAAGAAUUAGUCAAGGUAGUUGAAGUUUUGGAUUCCGACGAGGACUUUAAAGCCUUUAACCAGCCUCGAUCCCCAGAAUCUCCAGGUGCAACAUUCAGCCACCUUUCCCCUACUAAAGUCAGUAGUGCUCAAGAAUCUUCCAACGUCCUUGACGUAAUAAUGCUAUAGAGGAAGCCAAAGACCAGCUGGCUUAAGCUUCUGGAAUCUUGUGCAGGAGGGUCAGUCCCCAAGGUAGUCAUCCAGACCUGACCUCUAAUUCCCCUCCCCAUCCAUACUUCUUUGUCUAAGCCUAUAGACAAGAAAAGGAAAUUGGACAGGAAGGGUAAAGAUGUGGUUGAGGAAGGAGAAGUCAUCCCCUCUAAAGAUCUCGAGCCCCAUAAAUGGGCCAAAAUAACUAAAGGGACACAAAAGAAGUCCUCAGGUGAGGGGGCGAUCAUGGAAAGGGUGCUUGAUCACUGCCCUAGGGUCCAAAUCUGGAACCCUCCCUUAGAAUUGGAUAGAACUCCUCUUCUCCUAGACUCUUCCAUUAGAGACUUCCAGAAAGGGAAGACAAGCUAUGUGGCUGAUGCCUUGGAGCAGCCACAACUAUUGCCUCAAGAUAUGGUUGACUUGAGGACAUUAAAGAAACAUGAAGUAUUUCUUACCCUAAAAAGGGAUUUGGCUAUGGCGAUCCAAACAAUGCAUAUCCCAAAGGAGUGGGUAGAUAAUACCGAUAAACAAAUGAAGGAGAAGGAAGUACGGUGCGUAGCUGCCAUUGAGGCAUUCACUGUGGCUGAGCAGAGGAUUAAGGACCUUAAUGUCAAACUAACUAAGGCAAAUAUGGACAAGAAGAGUGCGAAAGCAGCUCUAGUUGGGGCUGAGAGGCAAGCAGAGGAUCAAUGCCAACACUUGCACAGGGUUAGGGAUUAGCUGACCAUUGCUAAAAAGUAGAUAAAUGCUCUGAAGAAGAAAUUGGAGAAGGCAGAAGAGGCUACAGCCAAAGCCAAGCAGGAUGGAAUUGAUACUGGGGUGAAGGAAACUGAGAAAAACCUCAGGAUUCAGGUGACUAGAGUCUAUAGAGGCUACUACCUCCAGGUGUGGAACGAAGCACUGAACCAAGCUAGGGUGGAUCCUUCUUCAACACUAAGGAGGGCAGAAAAUGUCUUUCAUCCCCAUUGCCUUUCAUGUGGCAGGCCCCUCUAGCUCCCGAGCUAAAGUUGCUCCCAAAGCACUCGUGUCCAGUUAAGUUGCCCCUGCUAGUGCUCUUCUAGCCCCAAUUAUCCCUUCCAAAGAGGCUGACCAAGCAGGCGCUAUGAACAAAGAUAAGGAGCCAACCAAAGAGAAAGCUCCUAAGCCAGCCAAGCUCCCACCUGCACCCAAGGACUCCUCCAAGGAGAAGGGAGCGUCCCAGGGCCAGGUACUUGUACUUGCCUCACUUCUCUUCACUACCAAGGAGGAUCCUAAAAGCAAGGGUGCAACUCAAGCAACAAUGCCCGAGGCUUCUUCCCAGACUACGGCAAAAGCCAACCCUCCUUCUCCCAAGACUACCUAGGAUUUUGCUUAUAUUUUGUUGCUUUUCUUUAAAGUAUUCCUUUAAUUAUUAUUAUUUUUUUUUAACAUGUGCUCUCUUUGCCAUUUCAAGGCUUUAUCUAAUGAAAAGUGCUAAGUUUCGUUGUA